GAAAAACUUAAAAAAGAUUUAUUCUAUUUCUUCUUCUUUCUAUCUUUUUCUCUCAAUUUUUUUUUGGUUCCUCUUUUUUAAUGUAAUCUCCGUUGAAUUCAACUGAACAAACAGGACAAGGAGGAGCAGGAGGAGAGAGAGAGAGAGAGAGCGAGAGGCGGAAAAAAGCUUUUUUUUUUCUUUCCUUUCCUUUUUCAUUUUGUAGUUUCCUAUUUCUCUCUCUCCCCCUCCCCAUUCUUUCUGCUACUUUUUUCAUCAUUGCUUCUUGAAGAAAUCCCCCAUUUGGGUUUGAGAGAGGAGAGAGAUAGAGAAGAAGAAGAAGAAGAAGGGAGCAAAAUUUUGUUAUUGGGUUUUGUUGUUCUUUGCUCUCAUUCCAAUUUUUUUAUAUUUUGUUGAAAUUUUAUUUUGGGGGAGAUUUAUCCGUUCAGCUCCUAGCUUGUGCUAGGGUUUGAGUUUGUUUUAGUAAUUCGAUAAGGCAGAGGAAGGAGAAAAAAAAAAGGAAAGAACCAGAGAUGAAUGUAAUGCGUCGGCUUAAGAGCAUUGCUUCCGGUCGCUCGUCUGUUUCAGAUCCUGGAGAUUCUGGGAUCAAGAGGGUGAAAAUUGAGCAAGAGGUGGAUUGGAGGGCAGCGGGCGAUUCAGAAGCAAUGGAUCAAAGUACUUCAUCCUCAGAAACAAACGUGGCAUCUACCUCUGGAGAUGCUGCUCCUCGUGGGUCUAACAUGUUGGCUAAAACUGGAAAAUCAGGAUAUGAUCAACUUCCAAAAGAAAUGCACGAAAUGAAAAUCAGAGAUGACAAAUCUGAUGCUGACAGUAUCAAGGAUAUGGAGCCUGCCGUCGUCAGUGGCAAUGGAACAGAAACAGGCCAAAUAAUUGUGACAACUGUAGGUGGUCGAAAUGGAGCUGAGAAGCAGACAUUGUCUUACAUGGCUGAGCGCGUAGUUGGUACUGGAUCCUUUGGAGUUGUUUUCCAGGCCAAGUGCCUGGAAACAGAUGAGUCUGUUGCCAUAAAGAAGGUGCUUCAAGAUAGGAGAUACAAGAACAGAGAACUUCAAGUAAUGCGUUUACUUGACCAUCCUAAUGUAGUCCACAUGAAGCACUGCUUUUAUUCUACCACUGAAAAGAAUGAAGUGUACCUGAAUCUUGUACUGGAGUAUGUGUCUGAGACUGUCUACAGAGUUUCCAGGCACUAUAGCAGAAUGAAUCACCACAUGCCUACAAUCUAUGUUCAGCUUUAUACAUAUCAGAUAUGCCGUGCACUCAAUUACUUGCACAACGUAAUUGGUGUUUGUCAUCGUGAUAUUAAACCCCAAAAUUUAUUGGUCAAUCCCCAUACUCAUCAGCUGAAGGUUUGUGAUUUUGGAAGCGCUAAGAUGUUGGUACCGGGUGAACCGAAUAUAUCGUACAUCUGCUCUCGGUAUUAUAGAGCUCCAGAAUUGAUAUUUGGAGCUACAGAGUAUACUACUGCUAUCGACAUGUGGUCGGUCGGUUGUGUAAUGGCUGAGCUACUUCUAGGACAGCCUCUGUUUCCUGGGGAAAGUGGCGUUGAUCAACUUGUGGAAAUCAUUAAGAUACUUGGAACGCCAACUAGGGAGGAAAUUAAGUGCAUGAAUCCCAACUACAGUGAGUUCAAGUUCCCUCAGAUUAAAGCCCAUCCAUGGUACAAGGUUGGUUGAAAGUCGCAAUAAUGACCCAUCGCUCCCCUUCUUUUUUAUUCAUUAGCAUUCUAAUUCCUUAGUUGUACCCGUUUCUUACUCUUAGUUGUUUUACCUGAAAAUCUAUUGAAGAAUAAUAGAAUAUGAGGCAUUAACAAAAAUGUGAAACUGUUUUUUAUAGGUUUUUAAUAAAAGAAUGCCUACAGAAGCGGUGGAUCUAGUAUCAAGGCUGCUCCAGUAUUCUCCGUCUCUUCGUUGCACUGCUGUAAGUACUUGAGAUAUGUUCUACCACCAAGAUGUAAUAAAAGCUUUUUGUAAUUACGGAACUUCUUAUUGUGGCUGUUUGAGCUUUUAGGAUCGGCACAUUUGUAUGAUGCUCUCACUUUAGAUUCCAUAGGAACUCUUCUUAGAAUUUCAGUUGAGCAAGUUGCAUUCUUUCCUCUUCUUUUACAGUUGGAGGCAUGCGCACACCCUUUCUUUGAUAGUUUGCGGGAGCCAAAUGCGUGCUUACCUAAUGGGCGAGCCUUCCCACCAUUGUUUGACUUUACGCCUCAAGGUAAAUACAAUGUUUUACGUGUUAUGUACUUAUGUUACUCCUUACCUAUUGUCGUGGCGGGAUUUAAGUUCUGAUGAUCUUAAAACACAUGUAGAGCUCUCUGGUGCGCCAACUGAACUACGAGAUCGUCUCAUUCCAGCUCACACAAGGAAAUAAGUUACCAAAUGCACGAGGAUUGCUGUCUUUGCUUAAGUAGAGGGGUUUUUUUUGUAAAUGGGAUUUUGGAUGCAUUAUCGCCCACUUAAGGGUUGGUUUCUUGCUUAAGUAGAAAGAGGCACGCUGUCUGCUGCGAAUCCUGCCAUUUGUGGUUUGUUUACGACGAAGGAAGAACAACCUAAUCUUUGGUUUUUUUUUUUUUUUUUUUCUCAUUAUUAGGAGGCUGCUGACCAAGUUCUGUGUAGUUUUAAAAAAGCCCAUUGCCGUCUUUGUUUGAAACCUUAGCUGGAAUAGAUGGAUGAGAAGAGGUGUCACCUAUUCGUUUAAUCAAUCAUAUAUAUGUUGUAGAAAAACGUCUGGUUCGUCUGCAUUCAUGGAUUUGGUGGAUGCCCACGAACUGGAAUCUCUUUUUGAUUUUAGAAUGCGGUUUUAUAUAUGCGUAAAAUUUGUUAUGUCCA